AUGUCCCUUCACCUGGAGCCACCGCAGACACUGAAAGCAAGCAGACGAGAAGUGGCGAAUGCUAGAAGAAUGAGGAAAGAAAUGCUAAGUAGAAACGAACGAGAAAGGAUUAUUUUUUCGCGAAUCCCAAUGCGAAUGUUUAUUCGAAAUUGUCGUUCUUUAAACAAGUUGAAUGCAGUGCGAAACGACAGAUUCACUUGGAAGAGUUUUGGAAAAUUAUUUGCGUGGUCGUUGCUACGGCGCAUUGUGUAUAUUUACAGUGCAGCACAUGUUGUUGGGAAACACGUCGGUGAGCUGAUUGUUUGUGUUGGUCCAUCGAUGUAUCCAACAAUCCAUAAUAAAGACUUGAUAUUCGGUGAACGAUUAAGUAUUUCUCGUGGCAGACUCAAACGAGGCGAUAUUAUAGGUUUUCUUGAUCCGUACGAACCUCGUCAGUUGCUUUGUAAACGUAUAACUGGUAUGGAAUAUGAUGAACUUUUAAUUCCUAGUGAUUUUCCAAUAAAUAUCCCUAAAGGACAUAUUUUUGUGGAAGGCGAUAAUUCAUUAUUUUCAACAGAUUCGCGAACAUUUGGGCCUGUUCCGGAAGGUCUUGUUCAAAUGCGCCUUUUCUUUCGAAUUUGGCCUCUGAGUCGUGCUGGCUUGUUAUCUUUGCUGUUAAAUAUUAAAAUGGCUGUGAAUGGUUUGUAUAUUGUGCAAGGCGAAUCGAACGCAGUAGCUGCGUUAUUGAAAAAGAUUUAUCGUGGUUGGGCACACCAAUCGCAAAUCCAUCUCGGUCAUUCAAAUUGGGAUGAAUCGGAUCCGCUGUUGAGGAAUUUUACGGAUUUAAGAGAUGUAUUAAACUCUGUAAACGAAUUAUGUGAUAUGAAUCCGGAUACUUUUUUGAGUCCUUUCUUGGAUGUUAUUCGAUCUGAACAAACAAAUGGACCAGUAACUGCGCAAGCUCUUUCAUCAGUAGCUAAAUUCUUAACAUCUCAAGCUGUUGAAAAUAUUGCUGAAGCAGUCACUCAUGCUAAAUUUGUUGGUAGUUCAGAUACUGGCAGUGAUGAAGUAGUUUUGUUGAAAAUUUUACAGGUCGUACUACGAACAUUAUUGUUGACUCCUGUUGGCAGAUUACUAUCUAAUGAAAGUGUAUGUGAAAUGAUGCAAAGUUGUUUUCGUAUUUGCUUUGAGGGAUCCUUAAGCGAACUGCUUCGUAAAAUUGCUGAAUCAACUUUAGCGGAUAUGACGCAGUUAUUGUUUACUCGCCUUCCAACAUUCGAUGAAGACACUCGUCAUCCUUAUAUCAGAAAAUUAUUGGAUGAAGUCUUAUUCUUACAAGAUAAUGAUGCGAGAAUGAUUACGAGUGUUAGAAAAUUGGUCGUUAUUGUAAAACGUGCUGGUAUUAACAAAAGAAAGCGACGCAAGUUUAUUGCAGCAAAAAAUGCAGUUAGACCUAGUCCUCUUAGCGAUAGUAUUGAUAGCAUUUUGGAUAGCAAGGCAGAAAUUAACGAAUCGCCAUUAAUCGUUCCGGAAAUUGCUUCGAUAGAAAAUGAAACAAAAGUCGAUAUUUUACCGUCUUCUUUUAUUGAUCUGUCCAAAGAACGAAGUGCUGAGAAUAUUUUUCCUGAAAAUAUAAUUGAAGAUGGCAAUGUGGUGAUAGCUUCUGCUGAAGCGUAUGAAAUUUCGUCGGUUCCAUAUAAUCAUGCAAAAAAUAUCCAUACAAAAAUCACAGAGGUUCAUGGUUCUAAUGGUUCCCAAAUGUCGGCAUCUGAGGAACUGGAUGAUGGUGUUGUUCCAGACAAUGAUGAAAGUUCGAAUUCUGAAAAAGAUUCAUCGAAUGCUAUAACACCUCAGCGGCAAAGAAUUAAUGAUAGAGGAGUUCGUUUCACACCUGAGCUUCACAAAGAUGCUCCAUCUGCUUUGCGACGUGGUGUUGUUUCCGAACCAGUUAUCAUAAAGCCGACGUCACAUAUACCUUAUGGCCUUCCAUGCGCUCGUGAAUUAUUGAGGUUUUUGAUAGCACUAAUAAAUCCACUAGAUCGUGCCAAUAAUGAAGCCAUGAUAGUGAUGGGUCUUAAUUUGCUAACUGUUGCUAUGGAAGCUGGAGCCGAUCAUUUACAUAAUUAUAAUUUACUUAUGCCUCUUGUGAAAAAUGAAUUAUGUCGUGCAUUACUUCAGCUACUGGAUACUGAAAAACUACCAGUAUUCGCUGCUGCAAAUCGUGUAUGCUUUCUUCUUUUUGAAUCAUUACGAACUGGGUUGAAAUUUCAGAUGGAAUCUUAUUUCAUUAAGUUGAAAUCAAUCGUUACUAGUGAACAAAGUCGAAUAAGUUAUGAAUUAAAAGAAAUGGCACUUGAAAGCAUCGUCGAGCUGUGGCGUAUUCCUGGAUUAGUCACGGAAUUAUAUUUUAAUUAUGAUUGUGAUUUGUACUGUUCUAAUCUCUUUGAAGGUCUAACAAAGUUACUACUAGAGAAUGCUUUUCCCGUAUUGGGAUUGCGAUCUAUUCAUAUUUUAUCGUUGGACGCAUUGCUUACUGUUAUAGAUACAGUUGAUGUUAACUGUGUAUAUAGACAGUCUGGAGGUGAUUCCCAACGUCAUAUUUCAUAUGGGCAAUUGUGCAAUCAGUUAAAUCUUCCUGUGAUUAGUGGAUUUUCAUUUGGCAGGCAACUGGACAUAAUGAAAAAGGAAAAGUCAGAUGAUAUUGGUACGGGAACUAAAAAUGAACUGAAUGCGGAUCAGACAUAUGCACUUAAAGAGUCGCUUCUGCCAUCUUCAGCUGUUCGUGCAAAUCGUAUGGCUCCUUCUCAUAAUAUACCUUCACUUACAGAAGUUAUUGAAAGGAAAAGGAAAAAGCGCAUUAUAACGGAAGCUACUGAAUUUUUCAACCAAGAUCCUAAAAAAGGUAUCGAAUUUUUGAAAGAUAAGGGUAUAUUAAAAGUCCCAGUUGAUCCAAAGGAUGUUGUUUUAUGGUUACGUGAAAAUCCACAUUUGGAUAAAAAACGUAUCGCUGAUUAUAUUUGCAAUCGAAAAAAUUUGGCAGUAUUGGAUACAUUUGUUCAAUCAUUUCCAUUCGAAGGUACUCGACUGGAUGAUGCAUUGCGAAUGUUCUUGGAAACGUUUCGUUUACCUGGUGAAGCAGCUGAAAUAUCAAUGGUCAUGCAGCAUUUUGCAGAUCAUUGGUACAAGGCGAAUAAUGAACCUUUUAAUCAUGUUGAUGCUGCAUUUACCCUAGCAUAUGCUGUGAUAAUGUUGAACACUGAUCAGCAUAACCCACAGGUUCGUCGCAAUCAACCUCCAAUGCAGCUUGAAUGUUUUAAAAGAAAUUUGAACGAAGAAAUUGUUAUGCCUGCUGAACAAGUUGGACUUGUAAAAGAAAAUUAUUUAUGGAAGGUUUUACUUCGGCGAGGUGAAACAAAAGAAGGUGUAUUCAUUCAUAUCCCUGCUGGAUGGAACGAUCAAGAUUUGUUUAGCAUAAUAUGGGGACCAACUAGCGCUGCUUUAUCAUUCGUUUUUGAUAAAACUGAAUGCGAAUCCACUUUACAGAAAUCUCUUAAUGGGUAUAGGAAAUGCGCUUCAAUUGCAGCUCAUUAUGGCAUGAGCGAUGUAUUUGAUAACCUGAUAAUUCAUUUAUGUAAAUUUUCUACUCUGAUGCCUUCAGUCGAAGGAAGUGGUGAGCGAACUAUAGAACCGCAGUAUUCUUUAAAAGUACAAGUUCCAAGUGCUGAACAAAUAGCAAUUACUUUUGGUCAAAAUGUUAAAGCACAAAUGGCAACGAAAGCAAUGUUCCAGCUCGUGCAUACUCAUGGAGAUAUCUUAAGAGAGGGUUGGAAAAAUGUGCUUGACUGCAUUUUAUGCCUAUUCCGCGCUCAUCUUUUGCCAAAAUCAUUAAUAGAAGUGGAAGAUUUCGUUGAUUAUAAGGGUUGGGUAUCAAUACAACGAACUUAUAUUUCUAAACUGCCUGCAAUGAGAAGCGAGUCGGGGCUUUUGAGCUGGUUUGGCCUUGGUGGUUCAAAUUACGAUGCUAAAGAUCAGAAACCAACGCCAGAUCAAGAAAAUUUUAUAAAAGUUGCGCGAGCAGUUAUCAGUGACUGCCAUCCUGAACAGUUGGUAGAUGAUAGCAAAUAUUUAACAUCUUCAGCCCUUACUGAAUUUAUUAAUGCAAUCGUACAAGCCUCACCAGGUAUACUGAUUCAGUCAGAAGCUUCCAAGCCUAACCAAUCUUUCAAAAAACUUCGCGAACAGGAUGAAGAUGCUCUCGUAUUAUAUUUGGAAUUGGCUGUGAGUAUAGCUCUGGAAAACAAGGAUCGAUUAUCUCAAAUAUGGCCCUUAAUAAUUCGCCAUAUCCAGUGGCUUAUGUCAAAAUUUGGUCGCAAUCCUUUGAUCGUGGAAAGAGCAGUUACAGGUUUAUUGAGGCUGGCGAAUAGAAAUCUAUUUCGACUAAAGGAUGAUAUCGCGGAUGAAGUGUUACAAUCGCUUAACAUGCUUCUUCAACUGCCACCACCUGCAAUGUUCAUGUUUUCUCGGCAUAUUGCAUUUGGAUUGCAUGAACUAUUGCGAACAAAUGCAGCAAAUGUUCACCGUCGUGAUCACUGGGCAAUUCUGUUCGGGCUUCUUGAAGCAGCUGGCGCAGGAGCAUAUCCGGAUCAACUGGCACCUAUAAAUGAUGAAAAUAUUAAAUGUGCUAAAUCUAACAGUCGACAUGCUUAUAGCGAUACAGAACCAUCAAUUAAUCGUUCGGUUAUUUUAGCAGAUGAUGCUUCAUCCAGCCGAAUGGAAGAUCGUGGAUACACAUCAGAUAAUCCUCAAAUUGCAGUUGCUCAGCAACAAUUACUACAACAAUUACAUGCAGAUAAAUCACCAUCAGUUCUGCCACGCUUUGAUCGAGGUACAGUUGUAUUACAUUCGGAUUUAGCAAGGCAUGAACCAGCAGCAUUUUUGAAAGUUGGCGAGACUCUAGCUUUUCUGAUCCGUGAUGCAGCUCAUAUUACUCCUGAGAAUUUUGAUUCAUGCGUGAAAUGCCUCAGGUCAUAUGUGGAGGCAGGUUUAGAUGGUGGAAGAUAUGCCUCUGGUCCACUAAGUGGCGAUGCUCAAAAUCAAUUGCAUAGUAUAGUAGCAGAUGAUAAAAUUAAACAUAAUAAACAAGAUGAGAUUGAGAAUGAAGAUUUUACUGUUGCAGAGCCACAACAACUUAGUGCCAGUUAUCAGCAAAUCUCUUUUCAAAUGCUUGAUUUAUGUCACACUUUACAUAUGAAGGCAGCUGAUAUCUAUGGAAGUUGGGCUAGGGGUGGAGCUGAGGUCGAUGCAACUCCAGCGGCAUUAUGGGCUCGAUGUUGGCGGCCACUCUUACAGUGUAUCGCACGCUUAUGUUGUGAUUGUCGGCGUCAAAUCCGUACACAGGCUUUGAAUUAUUUGGUGAGAUCAUUUCUUAUCUCGGAAAUGCAAAAUAUGGAAGCUUCUGAGUGGGAAAAUUGUUUUGGUGAAGUACUUUUCCCACUUGUUAGCAAACUUUUGGAUAAUUUGUCACCAAUGGAUCCACUAGGAAUGGAAGAAACUCGCGUCAGAGCCAUGCAGCUGAUAUCAAAAAUUUUUUUGAAUCAUUUAACACCUCUCAGCAAAUUACCUUCUUUUUCUGUUUUGUGGUUGAGGCUGUUGGACUUCAUGGAUCGAUAUCUACAUACAGAUAGAAGCGAUCUAUUGUCAGAGGCCAUUCCGGAAUCAUUAAAGAAUAUGAUAUUAGUUCUCGACAACACCAAGAUGUUUGAGAUGAUACCUUGCCUUUAUGAAAUGACGAAGGCACGUCUUGGAACUUUGCUGCCGGAAUUAUUGGCAGAAACCAUGCCUAAGCCACCAACAUCCGAGCAGCUGUUACCUGAUGUUUCGAGUAACGAUGAAUCGAUUAGAACAUCUAAGAUUACUUCACCGUCAUCUGAUGUAACAAAUAGCUGUUCGACAAGUACAUCAAUCCAUUGCUCUUCUAAAACCAGCAGUUCCGCUUCUAAUCUUACCACUCAUUUCAACUCAGUUAUAAAUCCAAACGUUCAAAUUGCACCUCCACUUGAUCCUUUUAUUACCAUAGAGGAAUCGAAUGAUACAAAUUUACGAAAAAUAAAUGAAUUUUAUGAACAAGCAGAAUUGAUUCUCUAA